AUGUCGUCGAGCGCCGGAAGCAAGAAGAUAACGCUGCGCAGCUCCGAUGGGGAGGUUUUCGAGGUGGAGGAGGCGGUGGCCCUCGAGUCGCAGACGAUCAAGCACAUGAUCGAGGAUGAUUGCGCCGAUAACGUUAUUCCUCUCCCCAACGUCACCGGGAAAAUCCUCUCCAAGGUCAUCGAGUACUGCAAGCGCCACGUCGAUGCCGCCGCCGCCGCCGCCUCUGCCGCCAAGGUUGAUGACAAGGUCGCGUCGGCAACCUCCGCCGAUGACGACCUCAAGGCUUUCGACUCGGAUUUCGUCAAAGUCGACCAGGCCACGCUCUUCGAUCUUAUUUUGGCUGCCAACUACCUGAAUAUCAAGUCUCUUCUGGAUCUGACUUGCCAGACCGUUGCUGAUAUGAUCAAGGGGAAGACUCCAGAGGAGAUUAGGAAGACCUUCAAUAUCAAGAAUGACUUUACGCCUGAAGAGGAGGAGGAAGUUCGGAGGGAGAAUCAGUGGGCCUUUGAGUAGCAAAAUUUCCAAUGAAUUAUCUCUAGCUGUCAAUAAGCCUUUACUGGCAGCAAAUAGAUAAAUCUCUUCAACUCUUCCUCUUACUGUGUUGCUAUUAUUAUUAUUACUCUUAGACUUUGUGUUCUGUGCAAGACCCUCUUUCGUUUACUUGUUUUGUAUUGUGAACAUGUGAAUGACUUCACAUUUCCCUAUUAAAUUUAUGUGCUGUGUAUGCCCUGUUUUUA